AUGUCGAGCAUGAAUAUAUUAAUUUUUUUAAGCGUAUACCUUCUUUUCACUUCUGUACACCAAGCCGGAAGGAAUAUAUUAUCUCGAAAAACAGAGGUAAAUGAUUUUCACGAAUAUGAAGAUGAAUUAGGUGAAAAGGUACUAAACAUAUGGAACGAAGAGUCCCAUAAUAGGACAUAUAAAGUAUUUAGUAAGAAUGAAUAUAAAGAAGCGGAAGAAGUAGAAGAAGGGGAAGGACAGAACUACAGUGCCUCAAUAAAAAACACAAUUGUUGAAAAACCAUUUGCUCUUUAUUUUUUAUGUAAUAAUGAAGAAGCAAAGGUGUGUUUUAAGGAAUGUUUUUUUUGUACAAAUGAGGAUAUGUGGUUAUUGAGUAAUGUUGGGAAAACAGCUGAAAGUAGUAAGCAUUCUAAUGAUAUAUUUGUUUUAAAGAAUAUGAGUCCUUAUCAGUUAUAUGGUAAUAAAUCUUCUUUCUUUUUAAAUAAAAUUGAUAGGAAAUUUGCAAAUUUUCUUUUUCUUUUGAGGGAAUACUCAUCCAUUGCACUUAUACAAAAUAAAAUGAAAAAAGUAAAGAGAGAUAAAACUCAUAUCAUCGCAAAAGAAGAAAUAGGAAGAAUAAUUUCCAAUAAAUUUAAAAAUACAACGAUGAAAGAAAUACGAAUAAAAGGGAGUCAUAUAUGGAAUAAGGAAACUGCUAACGAUUUUUUGUACAUGGGAAAAGUUAAGGGAAUACAAAAUAUGGCAAGAAAAAGAAGAAUUUUAAAUGAUGACUAUACACUAGAUUGUGGUGAUGAUGGCAAGUGCAUUAACGAAGGCGGUAUUCAGUAUUGUGAAUGCACAAAAAGUGGCUAUUCAGUUAAUAUAAAAAAUAAUUUUAAAUGUGAAAAACAUUGUGAUGUAAAUAAUGGAGGAUGUGAUAUAAAUGCAACGUGUAAACCUAUUGCUGCUGAAGAAGAAGAAACUAGUGGUGUUGUAAAAGGUGUUGGCGUUCUUUGCGAAUGUAAAAAUCGCGAUACGAAAUAUAAUGGUUAUUAUUGCCGUCCUACUAUUAAAUAA